UACAUUGAAAACAUUAUUGUAAAUUAUAAUAUGGUGGCUGAAAAGGUAGACAAAGAGGCUGCUGGCCAGCUGCUGGAUUCCAUGUACCUGGAUAUGUUCCGCUUAAUCGAAGAGCACACCCAGUGUCGAGUGAAUCUGGAGAGAGCCAACGCCAGCGGAGCCAUACUCUUGGCCAGAACGAGGUUCCAGGCUGGGGGCUGUAAUUCCGUAUCCAAGGCGCAGAUCCCAACGGAGAACAGUGCCGAAUUCAAUGCCCUUUGCCGGGUUAUAAAGGCCAAAGACGAGAAUGAGGUCAACAUCGAGCGGCAUGAGGUGGAUAAGGCCAAUGGUUACGUGGAGCCCCUGCACUGGUUCUCGGUUCUGCCGCCCAUGAGUUUACGCCACGCCGUGACCAAUUUCCGGGAUUGCAUUGAGCUCGUUGCGGAGAGCACUAAUCUUCAGAGGCAGCUGACAGAUGUUUUGUCCUGGAUCUCGAAGCUACGACAGAGUGUACUGAGGCAGUAGAUGUACCCAUUGAGCAUGCAAACAAUUGUAGUAUUAAGAAUAAAGUUAAAGCUGAUGUAAA